AUGUCUGAUUCUCUCGUCUUUAUCACCGGAGCUACUGGCUUCAUCGGCGCUCAAGUCGUCCAACAUACCCUUGAAGCUGGCUACAAGGUCAGAUUGAGCGUUCGCCGUGAAUCGCAAAUCCAGGAUCUUCGCCGCGUCUUCGACAGCUUUGCCGACAAAGUGGAUUACGUUGUUGUUCCUGAUUACACCAUCCCCAGCGCUUUCGAUGCUGCGCUCAAGGAUGUCACUCAUGUGAUCCAUGUCGCUUCUCCACUCGUGGGCGGCGCCGAGGACCUUCUGACCCCUGCCGUCAAGGGUACCACGUCGGUGUUGGAGUCUGCUCUCAACAUUCCAACGAUCAAGAAAGUCGUUAUCACUGCCUCGGUGGCUUCGCUGAUUCCUCUUGGAGGCAGCUAUGAUGGUGUUCCCGUGAGAGAGGACAUCGAGACCGACAAGCUGCGCUUCGACACCUCCAUUGUCCCUACUCUGGAGCCUUUCGGCCAAUACCAAGCAAGCAAGCUGGCCGCCCACACCGCAACUCUGGACUUUGUCGCAACAAAGAAACCUCAUUUCAGCGUUGUGACUCUCCACCCCGUCUUUGUCUUCGGCCAGAACCUGCUGCAGACAAAGGCUGACGAGAUCGCCGGAACCAAUGGCAUGCUCUUCGGCUCUCUCUACUCCGAAAAGCCCAUGUUCGCUCCCUACCGUGGCGUGCACGUCUUGGAUGUCGCAGAAGCCCACGUCAAGGCUUUGACUUUGCCCGAGGCACCUGUGUCUUCGUUCUUGUUGUCGGCGAAGGAUAGAUCUUGGGAAGAGGCGUUGGCGUUUGCGAAGAAGGAGUUCCCUGGUGCUGGGUUCAAGGCUGAGGCGAUUACGGGGGAGGCGUGGAAUGUGGAUACUACGCUGGCGAGAGAGAAGCUUGGGUUUGAGACGUGGAGGGAGAUGGAGGAGCAGAUCAGAGAUACUGUUACUCAGCAGUUGAAGCUGCGUGGUAUGUGA